GCACGUGAAGGAGCAGGCCAGGCGCUUCAUUACCGGCCAGAUCGUUGAGGACACGUUCAAUAAGUGCAAUGCGAAGGUGUCCAAGCAGCAGAAUUCUUUGACGUGUGCCCGAUCGAUGCAUGCGACAGCAGUGGAUAGUAGAGUUAUUUCAGAAACACAUCAUUUCGUGGAGGUCAGCAAGAAUGAUGCACAGCUUGAGCGCAAUGUGGGGCUGUCCUCCACUGCCAACAAGCCGAAGCUCAUCAAGAAGGAGCUGGGCGACCUUACCCGCCAGCUCGGCAUCCACAGGGUGGCCACAUGUGCUGAUGCAGCGUGGCACUCCCCCACCGCGUCUGGCAUGACGGACCCGCUGGUGGACCUCGAGGUUUGCAGACAGGCGCAUCAGCAAGGACGGAUGGGCAUUCUGGAUAGGCAGUUCUACGCGCAGCUCGUGAACAAAAACAUCCUUCUUCGGAAGGUGGGGACUCACGAUUGGCUGUUUGGCAUGGGUUCUUUGGGCACAGGUCUUGCGGCGACGUGGCCAGCCAAGCUCGUCGCGCCGAACCUGCACGUCGCGGACAGCUACCAAGCGCGCCAACUUCAUGUUGUGCUUGAACCGUCUGAAUGGGAGGCAGUUCCGAUUCUUUGGAAGUCCCCCAUGCGCCAGGCCAUUGAUAUUGAGUAUUCCAAGCUUGAGGGUGAGAAGGGGGUCGCCACUCCAGUGCACCUGAAGGAAGCGUCCACGUACGGGGACCUCUUCAUCGCGGCGGCCCCCGCCGACACACCGCGGCCCCUUCUCGAGACCGCUGCCAGAUGUGCGUUUUGGUCUCUAUCGGUGAGCUGGCUGAAAGAGCUAGCGGAUUUCAGAGAGUACGAGUACGAGAACACGACGUUGGCGUCUCUAUUGAUGUGCCUGUGCAAGAACCUGAUAGUGGGGGUGACCGAUGAAGACCUGCUCCAGAUUUUGGAGUUGAGGCUCGGCACGUUCGACGCCGACGAAGGGUUCGAGGAGCUGAUCGACCUGGAGUGGGUGGCAGACUGCCUGGACGCUGCGACUGCGCAGGAGAUCGUCGACCAGGCGAAGUCCGCCAAGUCCCACAAGGCCUCGCGCGCUGACUUCAGCAACGAGGUCAGCGUCUUCAAG